UUUUGAUCGCGUGAUUAAGGCUGCCCUUGCGCAACGAUGAUGGGGUCCGCAGCGCUGUUUGUGCGUGGCGAGUUCAUUACCAGCCGUGGCGGGCACGCACAAUAAAGCAAAUCAGCGUGGCGACGAAGAACUCGAGGUGCACGCCGUGAACUGAUGACUCGCGGCCGCCCCUCCGCCGUGCUCCUCUUCCUGGCGCACGGGCGAGGCGCGGCGGUCGACAUCCUGCACGUCAUCUUUGAUGACUUGCGGCCGGACCUGGGCGCGUACGGGCGGCGGUGGGCGCGGACGCCGCACCUGGACGCGCUCGCAGACGGUGGCGUAGUCUUCACGCAGGCGCACGCCGCCGUCGCCCUCUGCGCGCCCUCCCGUGCCUCCUUCUUGACCGGGCGGAGGCCCGACUGGAACGGGGUCAUUGACCUGUGGACGCAUCAUCGCGGCGCGGACAGGCGCGCGGUGACGCUGCCGCAGGCCCUGCGCGAGAGCGAAGAACGCUACCUGACCGUCUCGUACGGCAAGGUUUUCCACCAGGGUCAGGAUGACCCGCUCGCGUGGGCGCCUCAGGCGGAAUUCGCGGACCACCACACGUGCCGCGGAAAACGGUGGUCCCCAGCGACCCCGCCCGGGAGCCCGGGCGAUCCAUGCCCAGGCCAACGGCCCGCGCGGUGGAAUUAUCAGGAUUAUCAAUUACCCGGACUGAUGCGCGGGGAAGGCGGCUCCCGCUUUUGGUUUGAGCGUGGCCCCGAUGCUAACCCGAACGGUGUCAAUUACACGGACUAUGUGAUUGCGGACCAGGCACGCGGAGGCCUGGAGCGCCUCGCGGCACAGCCGCGGCCGUGGUACCUCGCCGUCGGCUUCGUGCGUCCGCACCUCCCAUUCAAUUCGCCAGCGCCGUUCUUUGACGCGUUCCCGAUCGAUGCGGUGCCGCCGCCGCCGCGGCCCCGCCCGCCGUCGCAUGCGUCGGUACUGACGGCAAACUCCGUACGUGUGGGCGAAGGGGAGCUCAACGCCAGAAUUUGGAAACGACCAGACGAGGAGGGAAACCUCGUGACAACGUACCUACGGAAGGCCUCUAUGGCCGGAAACUUCGCGGCGGCGUAUGCCGCCGCCGUAUCGUUUGCAGAUGCGCAGUUUGGGCGCGUGAUGGACCGUCUGGCGACGCUUGGUCGGCGUCAAACUACCGCCAUCGUCGUGCAUGGCGACCACGGUUGGAAGCUCGGUCACCUCGGGGGCUGGGGGAAGAGUUCGCCGCUGACGCAAGACACGCACGUUCCGUUGAUCAUAUCGGUGCCGGGGGCGCGGCCCGGGCGCAUAGAUUUGCCAGUCGAGCUGCUUGAUGUCUUCCCGACGAUCAUAGACUUGGCGGGCGUUUCGCCCCGGCGCUCUCUCGCGUUGCACGGCCGUAGCCUCCGGCCGACCAUCGAGGGUCGCCAAGUCAAUGCCGCGGGGUUUGCGGUGUCGCAGUGGCCACAAGUAUUGAAUCCUCACCACGAAAACGGAAUAACGUGCAUGGGAUACAGCCUCCGCGUCGCGAACUGGACGCUCAUUCAGUGGGUACUCACGCCAACCCGCUGCAGCAGAACGGGCGGAGCGUUGCAUUGCCGCGGGCCGCGACGUGACACGCCGGGGAACGCCGCGGCUUGGAAAGCGAUCCAAAGGCGCUUCGCCGGGGGCGACCCGUGCCGCGGCCACGCUGACCUCUUCCGUGCGCCGCCGGACUACGGAGUAAAGCCGUGGGUUGAGCCCGAAAGCCGAAAUAUUAUCGACGCAUACCCUCAGAUAGCAAAGGAGCUGCGCGAACUCCUUGCCUCGCAUCUCGACUUGGACCGCAACCGCGUUGCCCCUUCGACAAAACAAAUAAAUCGACUUUCGGGAACGGUGCCAAACCCGCCCCCCUCCAAGCUCUUACCCAAAUACUCAAAAAGUCGUCGUUCUGUUCACCAGCCUAUGAUUGGCACAACAAUUCAUAGUACAAAGGGCGGGCGUUCGGUCACGCACUUCGGCUUCGGCUCCCCGGCUGGGCGGCCUCUUCGUGCCCGGAAAGCCAACUUAAUCCCACCUAGAUUGUGAGCCCGACGCUGCCCGCCGACUCUUCCGCCGUCGUUCCCGAGCCUAUGUAUCAGGAGGCCUUUUUAAUUUGUAGUAAUCUUUA